AUGUUUGAAGUCGACUGGGCGGAUUACGAGAGCGAGCGCGUCGGUGAGAGGCGGGCCCGGAAGGAAGUGGAACGGACAUUGAAAAAGGAGAAGGAGAAGGAGAAUGCCAACAAUGGCCAGCUCACCACUUCAACUCGCUCAUCAUGCCCGUCAGAACGAUCCCAUUUGAGCUUCUUCGGGAGCAUUGGCAGGAAGAAAGCCAUCGCCAACCCCCACAAGAGCAAGAAAGAGGAAGCCGCUAUUACAGAGUCGACUAAGGCGGAUGCGAGGACUGAGCAGUCAAUGCUGUCCAAGAUGACACAGUUGACUAUCCCGACACAGGGUGAGGGAUCGGUCGCCGAGACGGCAUUCGCCACUACGAGACUUGUUCAGGUACACGAGGAAGCAAGCCCCUUCUCUGCCAAACCUCCGGGCGGAAUCUCCAGGCACGGCUGGGUCAUACUGCCUCCUCCUACUCGUACUGGAGAUGCACCCAGCAUUACGGCUAGUCCGAGGACACCACGGGCUCAUAGGCCGCCUCCAUCCUUUCAGUCUCCGACCUCCCUUGAUGGCAAGUCGGCAUCCGAGUUUAUCGACGACUGGUUUACAGCUUUGCGAAGACCAACCUAUCAACUUCCCCGAUCAGAGAGGCACGGGACGAUUCGCAGGGGGCAUGUUCUCCUGCCCCCUAACCUCCAUCGGGCACCCGCGACGCCAACUCGGCACAGCGUGAAGAAGGAUUUCUCCAUGACACCGAAAGCGUCGCCGAUAAGGUUUCUAGCGCAUGAUCCGGACGAUUGGAAGCCAGUUGCAGAGUGGGAUCGCAUGCAUUCUGCUAGCGCCCAUGUGCCCAGUUCAACAAACCACGAGACUCGUCCACAUGAGAACACGAAAGCUCCGAACACAAUGACCGUGGAUAUGGAGGCCAUGCGUAUUCACGAAGCCGCCAUCAAGGGGGACAACACCUCCACGCGAAACAGCGAAUAUCCUUGCGCACCAGAAGGUCAAAUUGCGCCAGACUCCCAUGGGCCAGUCCAUCAGGAGAGCGGCGUCCUUGCGGAAUGUGCCUCGUCCAAGGCAACAGCAGUCUAA